GUGUUGGUGGCUGGAAACCAUGACUACAUCCUGGAGCGGAUCGGGGAAAGGAAUGCCCAACUAUUAUGCAAAGCCUUCAACGUCGACUGCUACCUUCACACAAGGAACCCUCCAAAAGACCUCCACUUCAAGUCCGGCUGCAAAGUCACAGUCUGGGGGUCAGGCGUCUCCGCGAAAGCAGGGGUGGGAGGGGAGCGCGCCAUCAAGUCCGGAAACGUGGCCUUCGUCUAUGACAUGGAGGCUGGCGAAAGUCAGUUUCGUGAGGAGACCGAGCAUUUGGACGAAGGGUCGGCAGAUAUCAUUGUGACGCAUGGGCCGCCGGCCAAUGCGCUCUAUGGGAAGUCUGGCCGGGUGCUAGAAAGCAUUUCGGAGCUGGUGAACUUCGUGAAGCCGACACUCUUUCUCUGUGGCCACGAGCACAAUCCGGACAACUGGAAAAUAGAGCAGAAGGUGGUGGACAUGGGCGGAGGAACCCUUGGCGUUAAUUGCGCUUGCACGGGGCGAUGGAACCAGUUCUGCGGCAUGCCCUUUGUAGUUGAUAUCCCUGCCCGGCGGACAGCCGACCCUGGUCCUCAGGGCUUUUGCUCUGUCAUACGGCAAGCUUGUGGUUGCGACGGCGAUUGA